UGCUGUGUUUUCCCCCCACACUGAGACUGUAUCUGUCUGCUGUGUUUUCCCCCCACACUGAGACUGUAUCUGUCUGCUGUGUUUUCCCCCCACACUGAGACUGUAUCUGUCUGCUGUGUUUUCCCCCCACACUGAGACUGUAUCUGUCUGCUGUGUUUUACCCCCACACUGAGACUGUAUCUGUCUGCUGUGUUUUCCCCCCACACUGAGACUGUAUCUGUCUGCUGUGUUGGAGAAAGUGUCCUAAACCGUGGGCUGUUGUGUAAUCCCUCACUGGGCCCCUUGCUAUUUCUGUGCCUGGGUCCCGCGUCACGCUUGGGUAUUUUCUCUGGUGACUAGCUCACAUCAAUAGAUCUCCUAAUGCACGUUCAGUCAGCCAGCAUCGGCGGCUGCAACGUCUGAUUGAUAAGAUUUUACCCUCGCUAAAUCUGAUCAUAAUUGCUUAUGUUAUUACUAUAGCCCAGGGAUGUGGAGAAUGGACUGCUGUAAUUUGCAAUAUGAGGAAUGUGACAUGUGACUGGCGAUGUGGGACAAGAAGAGAGUAUACUAAUGUCAGAUGACCCUUUCCUGCAACCAGUUUACAUCUGCUAAUAUUACUACUACAGUAACAUAACAGACUUUAUCGUCUGUUGGAAAUCAACCCUGAAGAGGAAGGUGACAUUGGAAUCGUCAUGGAGUCACUAGAAACUACUGCAGAGGUGAAACGCUCUAAAGAGGCUCUGGAUAAGACAGUUCCCCAGAGAAAGUCAGCAGCACCAGAACCUACAACUGCCCAAACUAAAAUACCCCCCUCGGCUGAUUCGGAAGGGGAGGGGUGGCAUCUAUGCCCAGAACCUGAGGAGGACCAGAGUAGAACCACAUGUUGUUCAACAGAUAUGUCUGACUCAGGGAAACUAAGACAAUUAGAAGGGAAAUCACCACGCCAAUUACAGGAUCAACCCUGCAGUCAUCCUCAUUACAACGUAUUAACCUCAUAUCCACCACAGGAGAGACAGACAGUUCCCUUUGCUAGACAGAAAACAGCAGAUCACUUGCUUUCUGCACUGCCACUUGUCAGCUGUGGAGGGCCCUCUCCUCAGAGGAGCUCCCCCAGUUUACCCGUGUCUCUCCAACACUGUUCCCAGUCAGGAAUAGAGGAACUAUCCAAGGAGGUGUGUAGUAAGAUGGAGCAGAAGCAGCAGCAGAGACCUGGAAAGUAUGUUUGUGAUUAUUGUGGGAGGGCAUGUGCCAAACCCAGCGUACUUAAGAAACAUAUUCGCUCACAUACUGGGGAGAGACCCUACCCCUGCGUGCCCUGUGGUUUCUCCUUCAAAACCAAGAGCAAUUUAUACAAACACAGAAAAUCUCAUGCUCACUUGGUCAAAGCUGGGACAGUGCCAUUUUCAGAACUGGGUUCUUACAAUGCCAACAUGGAGGACCGGGGAUCUUUAGAAGGAGAAGGAGAGUUCUACUCUGAUGCUGAGCAGAGCUCGGACACGGACGAAGACGAUUCAUCGCUCUUGGACACUGUUUCAGUGGAGGAACCAGAUAGCACCACUGCUGUUAAAGUACUGAAUCUCGUUGCCCAGAAACAGGGAGUUACAUUAGCAUCAACAUUAUCUGAGGACGGUCCACCCAGGCUCUUGGAGAUCAGUGCUGCUCAGGCUCCAGCUGUUUCUCAGGUCAGCCGUGCGAUCCAAUCUAGCGCCAUCAAGCAGCGGCUGGCACUACGGCUCUCAGAGAAAAGGAGCAGUGACACUGACACAUCUCUCUCCCUGCCUAGCCAGGGAAGCAAAGGCAGCACAGACUCAGGCUACUUCUCACGCUCUGAGAGUGCUGAACACCAAACAGGUGGUCCUCCCAACACAAACGCCAAGUCCUAUCAAGAGAUAAUGUUUGGAAAGUGUUACAAGCCGAACCCAAAACAACAUGCCAUAACUGUUGUGACUUGCAGGACAGACUUAAUGAGUGAUCGUAAGACUUCGGAGCGAGGUGUUUCCCGCGUAUUCACACAAGAAAAGGAAUCAAUGGUUGAAUCGAUCAGAAUAAACACACAUUCAUUUACAAGGGAGGACAUUAAGGAGGCUCAACUAGAGCUCUCUGAUUCUGGACAGCUGGUCCGGAGCAACUCGAUGCCCACGUCCUCGGUGGCAUGUCAGGACAUGUCACAAGGCCUGCGAGGCAGCCACUCCUUUGAUGAAAGGGCGUCCCCUGGAGGCAUUAGGAGACUUACGAGACAGGCUGCCUUUGAACACUCGGCACACGAUGGACCUCCUGACCACUACGGAAACAUCUCUGAUAUUUCCAACCUUGGAGUGGAGAUGGAAAGUUUCACCAUCCAACAAAAGCAAGCGAUGGAAUAUGCGACGAGGAAACGGCGUAAGGAAAACUGUGUUGCGGAGGAGGAGGAUGUAGGAGGCCAGUAUCACACAGACUAUGACCACUCUGAAGAGAUGAGGGACUAUGAUUCAAAGCAAACCUCUCAAGGUGCUCUAACCACUACAUCCUCAGUGAAAGGACAUGCCCAAAGCGUGCACACACAGGAUAGAACACAAUGUGAUAGACUGGAAAGGGAAAUGUGGGAAAAGAGAGAGAGAGAAGAGAGAAGAUCUUUAGGUAACGUCAUCUCUGUGAUUCAACACACUAACUCCCUUACCAGGUCUCUCUCUGAACAGUCAGAUUCUUACAACUACCAGAGACAGGAUAAGCCUUCCUCAAUGGAUGUGGUGGAGCAAACCGAAACUAGAGAGAUGCACAAAAGGACUGAGAUCUUUGCACACCAGUUGAGUGACAGUAGAUUAUUAGAUAAGUCGUAUCAAAUGACACCUAAGCUAGUCCGUCAGUCUAACAUACCGGUUCCAGAGAUCAGGGUGACUGUAGAACCAGACAGUCCAGAGAAAGAGAAAGCAGCUGAGGUGAAACAGGUGAAGGUGAAGGAGCCCGAUAGACAUAUAGAGGAGUUCCAAUGGCCUCAGAGGAGUGAAACACUGUCUCAGUUCCCCCCAGAGAAACUCCCCCCAAAGAAGAAGAGACUGCGCUUAGCUGACUUGGAGCACUCCUCUGGCGAGUCUAGCUUUGAGUCGGCUUGUACGAGCCUCUCCCGGAGCCCCAGUCAAGACAGCAAUUUAUCCUACUGCUCCAGCUUCUCAUUUGACCGAGAGGAGAAAGAGAGAGAGGUUAUCCCUAAGCCAGCUUCCCCGGCGGCUAGACAGGAUGAGUUUGGCAAAGCGUUGGAGUUCUUAGCGGUGCCAGGAAGCGGUUACUCCCUCUCUGUCCUGAACCAACGUCAACAACAUGAAAUGAGACGUACCUCUUCAGAACAGGCACCGUGCCACUCCCAGUGCAGAGAGCUCCCAGAGGUCCGCAGUGUAUCGUUUGACUACGGCAGUCUCUCUCCAACGGCCAAAGUUAGACAUGCGGAACUCAGCGCCAGCUACUCGGAGCCCAGACGGGGUAACUUGGUAAGACAGGAGUCCUUGAAUGUUAACCUUGAAUUUGCACAUCCAGUCCUUCCGCUAAAUAUUCUUCCUCAGUACCUCAGCAGUGCCCUGUCGUUCUCAGCCACCGCUCUGCACUCUCAGUCUCUGCCAAUGUUCGCCCCUCAGCCGUCACACUCUGGUCUCCUAGUUCCUGUUAGAAUCCAGACUUACGUGCCAUCCUAUGGUAGCAUCACAUACACCACUGUGUCGCAAAUUGUAGAUGAUCCAUUUGAAGGCGUUAACUCCACCAGAACCUCUUUUCUCACUUCUCACUUCGCAAAUUUAGCCACGAAUUUGGACACAUCGAAUCUAUUAUUAGGACACCCUCGAGGACUGUUGACCAGCCCAGUCCAGGUUCAAGUUCUGGAUCUGCCCCCAGCUAAGCUGAAGACAGGCAUUCCUCUCUCCCUGACCUCCAGAACAAUCUCCACCACCAAUUGUGGGUCCAGUGUUGGGUCCAACAAGCGCAUGUUGUCUCCGGCCAGCAGCUUGGACCUGUUCAUGGAGGUCAAACAGCAGAAACGCGUCAAAGAGGAGAAAAUGUACGGUGAGAUAGUGGAGGAGUUGGGUGCUGUGGAGUUAGGGAAUUAUAAUGUGACUGAAGAGAACAAGCACAGUUUAAAGUUAGAGUUUCAAAGUGACACCAACCAGGGAGCAUCACUGUCAGGCUUUCCUUCAAAAUCCUCUUUGUCUGCGUCAUCCUCGCUUCAUUCUCAUAACGAGCCAGCAAGAGGAAGCGCCAUCUCACCUCAGCAACAAGGGUCAGAAAGUCCUGAUUCCCCUAUGGAUAACUCCCCAACAGAAGUAAGCCUACAUCCACACGCUCUGCUUUCUCUGAAGGAUUUCAAUGAGUCUGGCAUGGACAGCAAGGCACAGAUGGAGGUGCUGGUGCAGCUAGUCAAAGGUCAGGGCAUCCUCAUCUCUGACGGGGAAAACACCAAACGGAUAUCUCAAUUUCCAAGUCUCCGCACAAUGACAGCUGUGAGUUGGUGCUACCUGAACUACACCAAACCAAACAGCACUCACAGCAGCUCUCCCCUGUCCUCUGUGUACGCUACGUGGUGCAUCAGUUCCCAUAACCCCAACCCUCCUAACCUCAACACCAGAGCCACCUUGGCUCUGCUCCGCUCCAAACAGACGACUAACACAUGGGUAUACACCAUGGCUGCCAUGUACCAACCUGGGACUGGGAAGCUGGUCUCCUCCUCACUCUUAUGGAGGCAGCGGCUCGGGCUGCUACAGAGCAAACCGGAGCUCAAUGAGCUGGAAGGGAGCUCUUAUGGACAGAAAGUGAAGGAUGCCAGCUGCAGGGUAAACGCAAGGAAGGACGACUGGAAAGAGAGGGAGGUCUCCUCGAAACAAACGCCAACACCAACACCAGCACCAACACCAACCCGGAUCAAAAUAUUUGAAGGAGGGUUCAAGUCCAAUGAGGACUAUGUGUACGUGAGAGGCCGAGGCCGGGGGAAGUAUAUCUGUGAGGAGUGUGGCAUCCGCUGUAAGAAACCUAGCAUGCUGAAGAAACACAUACGCACCCACACUGACGUCAGACCCUACGUCUGCAGGGUCUGCAACUUCGCUUUCAAAACUAAAGGAAACCUGACCAAGCAUAUGAAGUCAAAGGCUCACAUGAAGAAGUGUCGUGAGCUUGGUGUGUCAGUCACAGUGGAUGAUACAGAGACACUGGAAUCUGAUGACAUCCAGCAAGACUUGAAGACCGGGGUCUUGAGCACAGCCAAACACCAGUUCUCAGAUGCAGACGACUCCGAUGGCAUGGAUGAAGAGAUCGAUGAUAUCGACGAAGAUGACGAUGACGAUGAUGACUACGACGGUGACUCUACUCCCAAGAUCCUUUCCCGGAGCACCAGCCCUCAGCCCUGUGGCGUAGCCUCUCUGUCGGUCACAGCUACCGCCGUCAUCCAGGGUGUGUCGUCAGACAUCCAUGGCUGUCCCCUCAGUACCUUCCAUCCCCUCCCCAGCUGCCUCUCAACCUACACCCUGCCUAGCGUCGAUAUCCACCCCCAUCCCCAUCCCACCUCCACCCUGCCAGGCAUAGAUAUCCACCCCCAUCCCCAUCCCCCCUCCACGGUCAGGAGGACAGGGCCAGACCGGAGAACUGUCUUGGCCUCCAGCCUGGACAAGGAAGACUGUAGCCUGGCCAUGCUGUCUCCUGACCAGGGCUGUCUGUUCUUCGACCCAUACCCCACCUGUCUGCUGUCCCCCGGCUGGGAGUCCCCUCUGAGGGAACCGCCUAACUCCCGCCUCGGCUACCUCUCCCCCCGGGGAGACCUCUCCCCCCGGGGACGCUCCUCACCUCGAUGGGACACCUCCCCGCUAAGGCCCAGCUCCCCCAACCUCACCCCCAUCCAGCACCUCUUCCCGGUCUGUAUGGAGAGGCCCCUGUCCCCAGGUGGAGUGGACCUGGCUGGGAGGAGACAGAGGGUGGUGCUCAGGGCUGUGUCUCCACGUAGAGGGGGCUCACAACAUAGAGACUCCGGGGAUAAAACCAGGCAGCAAGCCAAGGCUGAACUGGUUCAGCAGGGAGGAGCCAUUGAAAUGGAUAUGGAUCAGAGGAGAAGCGUGCCUCCCUGCCUGCCUGGGCCAACCUGCUCCAGUUGUCCCCGUCAGAACCUCUUCAGCCACCUCCCCCUACACUCUCAGCAGCAAGCUGGGACUCUCCUACCCAUGGUGCCUAUCGGAGGGAUCCAGGUACUGCGCUCCCUGCCCUCCUGCAGCUCUGGCCGGACCCAUCUGUCAGCCCUAUCCCCUCAAAAGACUGAGCUCCACCAGGACAGCACUAAGGAGGGAUCUGUUCAUCUGGCAGCCCUCGGUGCAGAGGACUCAGGAGCCCAGCAGCAGGGGAGGGAGAGGGGGAUGGAGAGGGGGAUGGAGAGGGAAAGGCUGUCCCCCCUCCAGACACCCCGGGACUCUGAGGAGGAAAACCCCCCUGUCUCUGUCCUCACGGUCAGGAACCCUAAGCAGGAAGAGGUUCUUCAGACCUGCACCAAGGCCAUCGCUUCCCUCAGGAUCACCUCUGAAGAGCAUCUAUAGACUGGGGCUGCAUCCCAAACAGCACCCUAUUCCCUAUAUAAAGCAGUACUGUUGACCAGAGGGCUCUCGUCACAAGUAAUGCACUAUAUAAGGAAUAGCGUACCAUUUGGGCCUUUCCUCAUUUGGGACGUUCCUUGGAGCUUCCUCCAGGAGCAGCUGAGCCCCUCCCCCCCCCC